UACGCCCCGCCUCCUUCCUCCCUCCACACUUAGCACUCAGGCUCCUACCCACAAGGCCUCCGGACACUGCAGAUCCCUGCCCAGGUAGUCCUCACCCCGUAAAGCAAUGCAAAGCUGCACAAUGUCACUGAGAGACUGCCAGGCCUGGAAGGAUGCUGGUCUCCCACUCUCCACCACAAGUAAUGAAGCCUGCAAGUUGUUUGAUGCCACCUUGACCCAGUUUGUGACAUGGACCAAUGACUCGAGUCUUGGUGGCCUAGAGGGCUGCCUCGCAAAGCUCAAAGCAGCGGAUCCUACUUUUGCCAUGGGCCAUGCCAUCUCUAAUGGCCUCGUACUCGUUGGCACCGGAAGCUCUGUGAAGCUGGACAAAGAGCUGGACCGGGCUGUGAAGACGAUGGUGGAGGUUUCCAGAGCCCAGCCGCUGACACCUCGGGAGCAGCUGCAUGUGUCUGCAGUGGAGAUGUUUGCCAAACUUCCCCAAAGCGUGUGAUCUGUGGGAGCAGAUCCUGCAGGACCACCCAACAGACAUGUUGGCCCUGAGGUUAGCCCAUGAUGCCUACUUUUACCUGGGCUACCAGGAGCAGAUGCGGGAUUCUGUGGCUCGAGUUUACCCCUUUUGGAAACCUGACAUCCCCCUUAGCAGCUAUGUGAAAGGCAUCUAUUCUUUUGGACUGAUGGAAACCAACUUCUAUGACCAGGCACAAAAGCUUGCCAAAGAAGCUUUAUCUGUUCAGCCUACAGAUGCGUGGUCAGUGCACACCAUUGCUCAUGUGCACGAGAUGAGAGCAGAGGUCAAGGAUGGACUGGAGUUCAUGCAGCGCUCCGAAGCCCAGUGGAAGGAUUCCGAUAUGCUGGCUUGCCAUAAUUAUUGGCACUGGGCCCUAUACUUGAUCGAAAAGGGGUAUCUGUGGGCCAGCGGUGGAAGGCCAUCUUACCCGUGACCCAGAAGCACAGCCGAGACCAUACCCUUCUGUUCAAUGAUGCUCACUUCCUGAUGGCCUCCCUGGGUGCACAGGACCUUCAGACCACACAGGAGCUGCUGACCACCCUGCAGGAGGCCAGCGAGUCCCCAGGGGAGAACUGCCAGCACCAGUUGGCGAGAGAUGUGGGGCUGCCCCUCUGCCAGGCCCUUGUGGAGGCUCAGAACGGGAAUCCUGACCGUGUCCUAGAGCUGCUCUUGCCUGUCCGAUACCGAAUCGUCCAGAUUGGGGGCAGCAAUGCCCAGAGAGACGUCUUCAACCAGAUGCUGAUUCACGCGGCCCUCAACUCUACCUCCAGUGUCCAUAAGAACGUGGCCCGGAGCCUUCUGAUAGAGCGCGACGCCUUGAAACCCAACUCACCCCUGACUGAGCGGCUCAUCCGCAAGGCGGCCGCCAUCCAUCUCAUGUAAUGACCAUGCCAGGUCCUAGGCCUGCAGAAGCUCGGCAGUGACCUCCUGUGUUAGGCUGGCCACCCGGCCAUGCCCAUCAUGGCAAAGAGCUGGGCCUGCUGGUCAAGGAUAUGGUUCAUCCUGGAGCAGAGUCCUCCAAAUCAGUAGUUUGCUAGAAAUAAGGUUAAUUUUGAGUGUGAUUCAAUUCCCAGGGUCAACAUGCAUUUUUAAGUCUCCUAGAACCAAACAGGUGCUGCUGUUUGUGGGUACCUUGCAAAUCAUAUUUUCCAUCAGGCACACAUGCCACUUCCUGGCUGUUGAAGGGCUGACAGGCAGGGCAGAGGUGUGGCCAGUUCAGCAGGUAGUCUAGAGGUGCCUUCCGCACUGGAUGCUCCUCCCCACUUGGCACCAGCAAAUCCUCUUCAUUUAAUUUUCACUAUAUUCUAGACAGGUCCUGAGUCUCAUUUUUCAGGGGAGAGUACCAGUGAGCUCUGGGGUCCCGGCCAGCAGAGUCCUGUCCUUCUGGGGAGAGGGGACCCUACCUCACUGGUUGUCAGUCCCAGACUACUGCACCUGCCACCCUCUUCAAUGAUGAGAGGAGGGACCACUUCUGACUCUCAAGGGGAUUUGCAGGAGCCAAGUAGAGCUUUUUUUUAAACUGUAAAUGGGAAUAGGAGUGAGGUCUGGGGUAUGGGUCUUCCUUGGCCAACUCUGGUCUGAGCCUGUCUCCUGUUUCCUUGACGGGACAUCCCUCCUGUGGUCUUUUAGCUUCCAGCCUCUGGAGGGGAAGUUCAAGUGCAAAGAUGUCUCUCAGGUGCCUUCCUACUUGUUAUGUAGGGACUGGCCGGUAUCUCCUAGAGAAUGUUAAGAUCGCCAAACCCUGUAGUUUGCUUGGGCCUGGGAAGAUUCUGUUGGGAUAAGUCAGGAGUGCCUGGAAUGUAGAGCAUGGCUGCCAGGUUGGAUACCUCCUAGUGAGGAUGGCAGGAACUGGCCUGCUCCAUUCUAGAU